AUGAACGCUCUUCACGAAACGUUGCGCCAAUGUUACGGGGAUUUAGUGCCGACCGGUAGCCCAUCGAUAUUUUGCACGCCUCUGCCAACGCACUGGCGAGCCAACAAGUCUCUGCCCAUGGCCUUCAAGGUCGUCGUCCUCGACGAGGUGAUGGACGGCACGAAGGUCAUUGUGAACGCGGGCAACGACGAGAAUUGCUGCGGCGAGCUCAGGAACUGGGAGGCCAAAAUCGUCAACCAAGUCGCCAAGUUCAACGAUCUGCGCUUCGUCGGCCGUAGUGGAAGAGGAAAAUCGUUCAUGCUGUCGAUACAGGUGUGCACGAUGCCCUUUCAGAUAGCGACGUACCAAAAGGCGAUAAAAGUCACCGUGGACGGACCGAGGGAGCCGAGAUCAAAAUCAAAUUAUCAGUACGCACCCGGACUGGGUGGCCUGGGUUUCCUGCACCCUUGGCUCGACGCCGCCUACCUGGGCCAGUGGCACCUGCACAACCCAGCCUUUGUCAAAAACACGCUGAGCCUGGCGCAUCAUCAUCCUGACCUGUUUGGCCCAGGUUUUCCAGUGGCCGCCGUGCCCACGUACCCCUUCGAGCACAUGUCAGCCAAGUACGGAUCCCCACUGGCACCGACGACCUCGGCCAUGAUAAGUCCACCUCACCAGCACGACGGCCAUUACUCGUCACCAGCAGCCCUACCGACCCCGAGGACACCCUCGCUCAACUCGUCCACGCCACCCACGGCCCUGGUCUCCCAGCCCUCGUACAGCCACCACUCGACGACGAGCGGUAGCCCACCUAGGACACCAAGCGACAGCGGCAGCGACUCCGCAGGCGAGGAGGUACGCAGCGCCUUCGUACCGAUCAAGCUCACCGGAUCGGCGAACCACAACAACAACAGAUUGCGCGCCUCCCCGGCAGAGCACGCCUCGAAAGCCGCAUCGGCCCAGCUACGAAGCUCCAUCAAACCGUCCGUGGCGGCGAGAUCCAGCAAAAGGCCCGCCUCGCCCACGAGGCUGACCAGCGAGCCACCGGCGAAGAUCAGCGUUUGGAGGCCGUACUAGGCGCUUCUUCGGGCUCGACCGAGUGCCACGGCAGCUCGAUGAUGACACAAGGACGACGGCGACAAGGCUAGUGACAGUGACGGCGAACGAUCGUCUAUUUCCGGCCCAUCGCGGGCCAUGUACAUAUUUCGCGCGGAUGUAUACAUAUAUAUAUAUACCUGGACAAUAAAGCGCAGACAAAGAGUUUAUCAUGUGUGCUGCGUGCGUGAGUAUUACUGUACUGAUCGAAGGUGAUAUACGAGAGCAGGG